AUGCUUUUUUUUCCCUUCGCGGAAAUAAAAAUUGUUGAUGACGACCUUAUCAAAGCAAUAAUCGAUUCUGAUCGUCAUAGUACAACACGUGAGAUCGCAGAAAAGCUCCAUGUAUUACAUACAUGCAUUGAAAAUCACUUAAAACAUGGAAAAGGUCGUGGAGCAAUUCAGCUCAUGCUUUUGAUGUUCAUCAAUAGGUUUUGUUAUCAGUUUGGUGGGAUUUGGUGGGACAAAGGAAUUGUCUACUUUGAACUCUUACCACCCAACCGAAGGAUCAAUUCUGAUGUCUACAUUGAACAACUAACGAAGUUAAACAAUGCUGUCAAAGAAAAGCGGCCCGAAUUGACAAAUCGGAAAGAUGUGGUAUUUCAUCAUGAUAAUACAAGGCCGACACAUCUUUGGCCACUCGGCAACAAUUAUUGGAGCUUGGUUAGGAUGUUUUGCCACAUCACCAUAUAG